AUUAACAAUUGUGAAGUGAAACAUACAAGUAUGGGAGAGAAAAGUGCGGUUGUUUGCGAUAUUACUGGUCAAGUGAUAAAAUAUGGCUUAGCCGAAGAUUACACACCAAUAUAUAAAUUUCCAGCGAUUCUCGGUCGUCCAAAAAAUUCUAAAUCAAUCGGUGAAAAAAUAAAAGACCUUGAAAUAAAAGAAAUUUUAUUCGGCAAUGAUGCAUUGCAACUUCAAUCUGAAUUAAAUAUUUCUUAUCCAAUUAAAGAUGGAAUUAUUGAAAAUUGGGAAGACAUGACGUUGUUAUUAGAAUAUAUUUUUAAAUGUGACAACAUCAAAAUGGAUCCGAAGAACACAAAAAUAUUUCUGACACAAACAACCAUGAAUACAGCAAAAAACCGAGAGAAAAUAAGUGAAAUAAUGUUCAAACAUUUUGGAUUCCACUCAGUUUUCAUUGGAAAGCAUGCCGCAGCAUUUUUGAUCGGACAAGGGAUCACUGCUGGCGUUGUUAUUGACUUUCAUGAAAAUUUCACAGACAUUUCCCCUGUUCACAUGAUGGUGUUGAAAGAUUUAGUGAAAAGAGUUCCAGCUUCUGAUAAUAAUAAAAACAUUUCUGAACUCAUUUUCAACACAAUUCAAUCUGCCGAUGUGGAAGUUCGACUUGAUCUUUUUAAGAGAAUUGCAUUGAUUGGAGAUACAAACAUUCAACCUUCCACUAUUGAAAAUGAUGUUAAACAUCUUUAUCUUAAAAAUGUUUUAUUAAAUGAUUCAGAAAAAUUGAAAAGAUUCAAAGUUCGUGUGGACAAAUAUGCUUCAGAUAACGAAAAAGUUUAUGUUGGUGGUGCUUUAUUGGCAAAAGUCAAUAUAGAAAGAGACGCUUUUUGGAUAACAAAAAAAGAAUUUGAAAGCAUUGGACUUAAAGUUUUAGACAAGUGCAUAUAA